AUGCCAGUGCUGUGGCUCGAGCCUCAGAACCAGCGGUCCGGACUCUGCACCGACAACCCUCCACUCAUACCAGCACCCACCAUCAUCGACAGCUACUACCUCACACUAACAGCCACCUAUCCAGCAGACUCGAUGUCAGUCUCCCUACCCAGCAGCUUCAUCCGGAAACUCGCACAGGCAUCAUCAUCAUCCUCACCAUUGCCCGCCUCGAUCAGCCGAACGGCCACGAGGUCGCUCAGAUGUUCAGCCUUCAUUCACCACCAAAGCCCUUCCACCAUCUCUCCGCAGGAAACAAUCAGCAGAUCUAUCAACCAAGCCAGCUAUCGACUGUCUCCCUCACAGCCCAGCAAACUACCUCCCUCACAGCCCACCAAUGUACCAGCUUCACCAAUCAAACGAACUCCCCGGGCGACCAAACCAACCAAGCAAGUCAUUAACCUGACUCCUAGGGCGAUUGAUCACCUCUCGACUCUGCUAGACGGGCCCAAUCCGAAGUUGAUCCGGAUUGGGGUGAAGAACAAAGGCUGUGCUGGGAUGGCAUACAACCUAGACUAUGUAGACCAGCCGGGGAAGUUUGAUGAAGUCGUGGUGACUAAAAACCAGGCCGGACAGGAAAUCAAAGUCUUAAUCGACUCACGCGCUUUGUUUAGCAUCAUCGGAAGCACCAUGGACUGGCAGGAGAGUAAAUUGGGCAACAAAUUUGUCUUUGACAAUCCAAAUAUCAAAGAAGAAUGUGGCUGUGGUGAAAGCUUCUUAGUCUGA